UCAGGGUGGAGGCCACCGCACCCUCCUGUAUGGACAUGCAGUAUUGCUCAGACACUCUUACAGUGGAAUGUAUCUUUCUUGUUUGUCCACAUCUCGAUCUUCAACAGACAAAUUGGCCUUUGAUGUCGGGCUGCAGGAAGAUACAACUGGGGAGGCCUGCUGGUGGACGAUACACCCAGCCUCUAAACAACGCUCAGAAGGAGAAAAAGUACGUGUUGGGGAUGACCUUAUUUUAGUCAGUAUUUCUUCAGAGCGGUACCUGCAUUUGUCAUAUGGCUGUAGCACUUUACAAGUUGAUGCCGCAUUCCAGCAAACCCUCUGGAGUGUUGCUCCAAUUUGCUCUGGAAGUGAAGUAGCGCAAGGAUAUUUAAAGGGAGGGGAUGUACUGAGGUUACCACAUGGACACAUGGAUGAAUGUCUUACUGUACCUUCAGGAGAGCAUGGAGAAGAACAGCGAAGGACAGUGCAUUAUGAAGGUGGAGCAGUGUCCAUUCAUGCCCGAUCUCUGUGGAGACUGGAGACACUGAGGGUUGCAUGGAGUGGAAGCCACAUCAGAUGGGGCCAGCCAUUCAGACUGAGACAUGUUACAACUGGAAACUACUUGAGCCUCAUUGACGAGAAAGGCCUUCUUCUAAUGGGCAAGGAGAUAUCCGAUGUAAAAAGCACAGCUUUUUGUUUCAGAUCAUCCAAGGAAAAACUGGAUGCCGGAAUAAGAAAAGAAGUGGACGGGAUGGGAUCUCCAGAGAUAAAAUAUGGUGAUUCUGUGUGCUUUAUCCAGCAUGUAGACACUGGACUAUGGCUCACCUAUCAGUCUGUAGACGCCAAAUCAGCUCGGAUGGGAACGGCUCAACGUAAAGCCAUAAUGCAUCAUGAAGGUCACAUGGACGAUGGCUUAACUCUCUCACGCUCUCAACAUGAAGAAUCGAGGACUGCCCGUGUUAUACGCAGUACCGUCUUUCUCUUCAACAGAUUUAUUGGGGGCCUUGACGCUCUCAAUAAACAAGGAAAGUCCACCUCUGUUGAUUUACCCAUUGAAUCAGUCAGCUUGAGUUUGCAGGAUCUGAUCGGCUACUUUCAGCCACCCGACGAACAUCUAGAACACGAAGAGAAACAGAACAGAUUGCGAGUGCUGAAGAACAGACAAAAUCUCUUCCAGGAAGAGGGAAUGAUUAACCUUGUUCUUGAGUGCAUUGAUCACCUUAACGUGUACAGCAGUGCGGCCCAUUUUACCGAUGUCGCUGGGAAGGAAGCAGGAGAGUCCUGGAGAGCAAUUCUCAACUCAUUGUAUGAAUUACUAGCUGCCCUAAUCAGAGGAAAUCGCAAAAACUGUGCCCAAUUUUCGGGUUCCUUGGACUGGCUGAUUAGCAGACUGGAGAGAUUAGAAGCUUCUUCCGGAAUCCUUGAAGUUUUGCACUGUGUUCUUGUGGAAAGCCCGGAAGCUCUGAACAUUAUCAAGGAAGGGCAUAUAAAAUCCAUUAUUUCCUUGCUAGAUAAACAUGGAAGAAAUCAUAAGGUUUUGGAUGUGUUGUGCUCUCUGUGUGUCUGCCAUGGAGUUGCCGUACGAUCUAACCAGCAUCUAAUUUGUGACAACUUACUACCAGGAAGAGACCUACUGUUGCAAACACAGCUCAUCAACCAUGUCAGCAGCAUGAGGCCCAAUAUCUUCCUUGGAAUCAGCGACGGUGCUGCCCAGUACAAGAAGUGGUACUUCGAGCUUAUAGUGGACCACGUUGACCCCUUUGUAACAACGGAAGCUACACACCUUCGGGUUGGCUGGGCUUCCACAGACGGCUAUUCACCCUGCCCUGGAGGAGGUGAAGGAUGGGGUGGAAAUGGUGUAGGAGAUGACCUCUACUCCUACGGAUUUGAUGGACUGCACUUAUGGUCAGGCUGCAUUGCUCGGACAGUAAAUUCACCAAACCAGCAUUUGCUGAGGGAUGAUGACGUUGUCAGCUGCUGCCUGGAUUUAAGCGCUCCAAGUAUUUCCUUCCGCAUUAAUGGACAACCAGUUCAGGGAAUGUUUGAAAAUUUCAACACCGAUGGGCUCUUCUUUCCUGUGGUCAGCUUCUCGACAGGAGUAAAAGUUCGUUUCUUGCUUGGCGGUCGCCACGGGGAGUUUAAGUUCCUUCCACCUCCUGGUUAUGCUCCGUGUUUCGAAGCCUUGCUGCCAAAAGAAAAAAUGAGGGUGGAACACACGAACGAAUAUAAGCAAGACCACAAUGGCGUGCGUGACCUACUGGGUCCGACCAUCUCUCUCACACAAGCUGCCUUCACUCCAAUGCCUGUGGAUACCUCUCAGAUUGUGCUCCCACCUCACCUGGACCGUAUACGAGAAAAGCUUGCAGAAAACAUCCAUGAGCUCUGGGUGAUGAAUAAAAUAGAGUUGGGGUGGACCUAUGGACCGAUCCGAGAUGACAACAAACGACAACACCCUUGCCUGGUAGAAUUCUCCAAGUUGCCAGAACAGGAGCGAAAUUACAAUUUGCAGAUGUCUCUGGAAACCCUGAAAACACUUAUGGCUUUGGGGUGCCAUGUUGGCAUCGCCGAUGAACAGGCAGAAGAGAAAGUGAAGACAUUAAAGCUGCCCAGAAACUACCAGCUACCCAGUGGAUACAAGCCCGCUCCUAUGGAUUUGAGCCACAUCAAAUUAACCUCAACCCAGGAGGCCAUGGUGGAUAAACUGGCAGAGAAUGCGCACAAUGUUUGGGCCAGAGACCGCAUCAGACAGGGCUGGACAUACGGCAUUCAGCAGGAUGUCAAAAAUAGAAGAAACCCUCGUCUGGUUCCAUAUACCUUGCUGGAUGAGCGAACAAAGAAGUCCAACAAAGACAGCUUGCGUGAAGCAGUUCGCACACUGCUUGGGUACGGAUAUAAUCUGGAGGCACCAGACCAAGACUAUGCUGCCCGAUCUGCUCAGUCGAACAACGCGGCUCAGAGGUUUCGCAUUUUCCGUGCGGAGAAAACCUAUGCGGUGAAAAGCGGGAAGUGGUACUUUGAGUUUGAGGCGGUGACUGCUGGGGACAUGCGUAUCGGCUGGACCAGACCAGGCUGCCGCUCGGAUCAGGAGCUCGGCACCGAUGACCAGUCCUUUGUGUUCGAUGGUUUCAAGGGCCAGCGGUGGCAUCAGGGCAAUGAGCACUUUGGCCGCUCCUGGCAGGCGGGUGACGUAGUCGGCUGCUUGGCUGACAUGAACGAGAACACCAUGACCUUCACCCUGAACGGGGAGGUGCUGCUGGAUGACUCAGGAUCCGAGCUUGCCUUCAAGGACUUUGAGGCCGGUGAUGGGUUUAUUCCAGUGUGUAGCUUGGGACUCUCUCAAGUUGGUAGGAUGAACUUUGGAAAUGACGUUGCUACGCUUAAGUACUUCACCAUCUGCGGUCUGCAAGAGGGAUACGAGCCCUUUGCGGUGAACAUGAACAGGGACAUCACCAUAUGGUUCAGCAAGAGGCUGCCUCAGUUCAUCUCUGUGCCAGCAAACCAUGAGCACAUCGAGGUGACGAGAAUAGAUGGCACCGUGGAAAGCUCGCCCUGCUUGAAGGUCAUACAGAGGUCAUUUGGCUCACAGAACAGCAGCACAGACAUUGUUUUCUACCGACUGAGUAUGCCCAUUGAAUGUGCAGAGGUCUUCUCCAAAAUGCCCAUCGGAGGUCUGGCCAACACCAACAUCCUACCUCAGAAAAACGAAAUUGAAGACUACGACGCCGAUUCGGACUUCGAGGUUCUAAUGAAAACAGCACAUGGGCACCUGGCCUCGACCACCUCCGAGAAAGAGAAGGAAAGUGUCAAGGCAGAAUUCAAUAACCACAAGGACUACAAUCAAGAAAAGCCUUCUCGCCUAAAGCAGAGAUUUAUGUUAAUGCGAACAAAACCUGACUAUAACUUAACACAUUCUUCAACACGACUCCCUGAGGAGGUACAUGCUGACGAUAGAGAUGAUUAUGACUUCUUGAUGCAGACAACAACAUAUUAUUAUUCCGUGAGAAUAUUUCCCGGUCAGGAGCCUACAAAUGUUUGGGUUGGUUGGAUCACCUCAGACUUUCACCAGUACGACACUGUCUACGAGCUGGAGAAGGUUCGCACCGUGACAGUAACCCUAGGAGACGAGAAGGGGAAGGUUCAUGAAAGCAUAAAACGAAGUAACUGCUACAUGGUGUGGGCGGGAGAAAGCACAAGCCCUGGGCAAGGACGAAAUAACAAUGGCCUGGAAAUUGGCUGCCUAGUGGAUACUGCUAGCGGCUUAUUGACCUUCACUGCCAAUGGCAAGGAAUUAAAUACAUAUUAUCAGGUGGAAGCAAGCACAAAACUAUUUGCUGCGGUCUUUGCGCAAGCCACAAGUCCCAAUGUAUUCCAGUUUGAACUGGGAAGGGUUAAGAAUGUGAUGCCCCUGUCAGCAGGGUUAUUUAAAAGUGAGCGAAGGAACCCUAUUCCACAGUGUCCGCCUCGACUUCACGUCCAGUAUCUGACUCCCGUGCUGUGGAGCAGAGUGCCGAACGAGUUCUUAAAGGUGGAUGUCAGUCGCGUCAGUGACCGCCAUGGAUGGCAGGUGCAAUGUACAGAACCUUUACGAUUCAUGUCUUUACAUAUUCCCGAAGAGAACAGGUCUUUGGAUAUCUUGGAGCUGACAGAGCACGAGGAGCUGCUGAAAUUUCACUACCAUACCUUGCGUUUGUAUUCCGCAGUUUGUGCUUUAGGCAAUAACCGAGUGGCCCAUGCUCUUUGCAGCCACGUGGACGAGUCUCAAUUGCUGUACGCAAUAGAGAACAAAUAUGUACCUGGCUUACUGCGGGCAGGUUACUAUGACCUACUCAUUGACACUUACCUGAACACCUAUGCCACUGCUCGGCUGAUGAUGAACAAUGAGUUCAUUGUUCCCAUGACGGACGAAACCAAGAGCAUCACCUUGUUUCCGGACGACAACCGGAAUCACGCUGUCCCUGGCGUGGGGCUUAGCACCUCCCUCAGGCCGAGGAUGCAGUUCUCCUCCACCAGCUUCCUCACUGUGACCGGGGAGUGUUUCCAGUACAGCCCGGAAUUUCCGCUGGACAUCCUGAAGGCCAAGACCAUCGAGAUGCUGACUGAAGCUGUGCAGGAAGGCAGCCUCCACGUGCGGGACCCAGUGGGCGGAAGCACUGAGUUCCUCUUCGUCCCCCUCAUCAAGCUCUUCUACACCCUCCUCAUCAUGGGCAUCUUCUGCAGCGAGGACCUGAAGCACAUCCUGCAGCUGAUCGAGGCCAGCGUGUUCUCCGAGAAGACCGACACCAGCGAAGAGAAGAGUGAGAAGGAUGUAAUCAAAGACGAACAGAAAGCAGAAGGAGGAGACGAGGAGUUCAGGGGUGAACAGGUUCCCCAGGAAGGCCUGCUACAGAUGAAGCUUCCUGAGCCAGUCAAACUCCAGAUGUGCCACCUUCUGCAGUAUUUGUGCGACUGCCAACUCCGCCAUCGGAUCGAAGCCACCGUUGGCUUUUCCGAUGACUUUGUGCUGAAGCUGCAGGAGAACCAGAGGUUCCGGUAUAACGAGGUGAUGCAGGCAUUAAACAUGUCCGCUGCAUUGACCGCCAAGAAAACCAAAGAAUUCCGAUCGCCUCCACAGGAGCAGAUUAACAUGUUGCUGAGCUUUAAAAACGACAGGCGUGAGUGUCCUUGCCCGGUGGAAGUGCGUGAAGAUCUGUUGGAUUUCCAUGAAGAUCUCAUGGCUCAUUGUGGAAUUGAAUUGGAAGAAGAAGAAGCUAACAGCGACGACAGUGACUCCACAAUCCGCGGGCGCCUGAUGAACCUGGUAGAGAAAGUGGCCUACUUGAAGAAAAGAAAAACGGAGAGUCCACUGGAACAGGAGGCAAAGAAACCCACCACCCUUCAGCAGUUGAUCUCGGAGACCAUGGUUCGGUGGGCGCAGGAGUCAGUGAUCGAGGAUCCGGAGCUUGUGCGUGCCAUGUUUGUUUUGCUUCACCGGCAGUACGAUGGCAUUGGCGAGCUUGUCCGUGCUUUACCCAAGACCUACACGAUCAACAGAGUGUCGGUGGAAGAUACGAUAAGUCUACUGGCUUCACUGGGCCAGAUCAGAUCUCUUCUCAGUGUUAGAAUGGGCAAAGAAGAGGAAAAGCUGAUGAUCCGUGGGCUUGGGGACAUAAUGAAUAAUAAAGUGUUUUACCAGCAUCCCAAUCUAAUGAGAGCCCUAGGGAUGCAUGAGACAGUGAUGGAAGUCAUGGUGAAUGUGCUUGGAGGGGGAGAAUCUAAGGAAAUAAUCUUCCCGAAGAUGGUGGCCAACUGUUGUCGUUUCCUCUGCUACUUCUGCCGAAUCAGUCGGCAAAAUCAAAAAGCAAUGUUUGAUCACUUAAGCUAUCUGUUGGAAAACAGCAGUGUUGGAUUAGCAUCUCCUUCCAUGCGAGGUUCCACUCCUUUGGAUGUUGCUGCAGCAUCUGUGAUGGACAACAAUGAACUUGCCCUGGCAUUGCGAGAACCCAAUUUAGAAAAAGUGGUUCAGUAUUUGGCUGGAUGUGGGUUGCAGAGUUGUGCCAUGCUCGUUGCCAAGGGCUACCCUGAUAUUGGGUGGAAUCCUGUGGAAGGGGAGCGAUAUUUGGAUUUUCUCCGUUUUGCUGUAUUUUGCAAUGGCGAGAGUGUGGAAGAAAAUGCCAAUGAGGUUGUAAGAUUGUUAAUUCGUCGUCCGGAGUGCUUUGGUCCAGCCUUGCGUGGAGAAGGUGGAGAUGGUCUUUUAUCUGCCAUGGAGGAAGCCAUUAAGAUCUCUGAAGACCCAGCUAGAGAUGGACUAUCACCGACUGAUGAAUGUAGUAGAAGUCUGGAUAUUGAAGAAGAGGAUGAUACCAUUCAUAUGGGGAAUGCUAUUAUGACCUUCUACUCUGCUUUAAUUGAUUUAUUGGGUCGAUGUGCACCAGAGAUCCAUCUCAUAAAUGCAGGUAAAGGUGAGGCAAUACGGAUUAAAUCCAUUCUCCGGUCCUUGAUCCCUCUGGAAGACCUGGAAGGAGUUAUCAGCAUUCCCUUCCAGAUGCCAACAGUUGCCAAGGACGGGACCGUUGUGGAGCCAGACAUGUCAGCGGGCUUCUGCCCUGAUCACAAGGCAGCCAUGGUUUUGUUCCUUGAGCGGGUGUAUGGGAUAGAAGAGCAAGAAUUCCUCUUGCAUCUGCUGGAGGUUGGCUUCUUGCCAGAUCUCCGAGCCGCUGCCUCACUGGACACGGUCGCCUUGAGUGCCACAGAUAUGGCGUUGGCAUUGAAUCGAUACCUAUGCACUGCGGUUUUGCCACUGUUAACCAAGUGUGCCCCACUCUUUGCCGGCACUGAACAUCACGCUUCCCUUAUCGAUUCCUUGCUGCACACUGUCUACAGGUUGUCUAAGGGAUGCUCCCUCACCAAGGCCCAGAGGGAUGCCAUUGAGGAAUGCUUACUUGCAAUUUGUGGACAAUUGCGGCCAUCUAUGAUGCAGCACCUGCUGAGAAGGUUGGUGUUUGAUGUUCCUCUGCUGAAUGAACAUGCAAAGAUGCCUCUCAAAUUACUGACCAAUCAUUAUGAAAGAUGUUGGAAAUAUUACUGCCUCCCGGGAGGUUGGGGGAGUUUUGGAGCUGCCUCUGAGGAAGAACUUCACUUGUCGAGGAAGUUAUUCUGGGGAAUUUUUGAUGCCCUGUCCCAGAAGAAGUAUGAACAUGAGUUGUUUAAGCUGGCUCUGCCUUGCCUGAGUGCAGUUGCUGGAGCCUUGCCCCCAGACUACAUGGAGUCCAACUAUGUGGCAAUGAUGGAGAAACAGUCUUCAGUGGACACCGAAGGCAACUUCAACCCCCAGCCUGUCGCCACUUUAAGUGUAACUCUCCCGGAAAAAUUGGAUUAUUUCAUCAAUAAAUAUGCAGAGCACAGUCACGACAAAUGGACGAUGGACAAGCUAACAAACGGAUGGGUGUAUGGAGAAACAAACAACGAGAUUACCAAGGUUCAUCCUUUGUUAAAGCCAUUCAAGCUUCUGUCUGAAAAGGACAAAGAAGUGUAUCGUUGGCCAAUAAAGGAGUCUCUGAAAACAAUGGUUGCCUGGAGUUGGACAAUAGAACGGACUCAAGAAGGAGAAUUCAUGGCAUUGCAUCAUAGAACUCGCCGAAUAUCUCAGUCAAGUCAGGUGUCUAUAGACUCUGCUCAUGGUUAUAGUCCUCGUCCCAUCGAUAUGAGCAAUGUUUCGCUUUCCAGGGACCUGCAUGCAAUGGCAGAGCUUCUAGCUGAAAACUACCACAACAUCUGGGCUAAGAAAAAGAAAAACGAAUUGGAAGCAAAAGGAGGAGGAAACCACCCAUUGCUGGUACCCUAUGACACACUAACAGCCAAAGAGAAAGCCAAAGACCGGGAGAAAGCACAGGAAAUCCUCAAGUUCCUGCAGAUCAAUGGCUAUGCAGUCUCAAGGGGUUUAAAAGACAUGGAGUUGGAUACACCAUCCAUUGAAAAGAGAUUUGCCUACAGCUUUCUUCAGCAACUCAUCAAAUAUGUUGACCAGGCUCAUAACUACAUUCUGCAGUUUGAUCUCUGUUGCACAACAAGAGGUGAAAAAUUUGUGCAUGAACAGGAAAUCAAGUUCUUUGCCAAGGUCGUUCUUCCUUUAAUUGACCAAUAUUUUAAGAACCAUCGUCUGUACUUCCUGUCGACUGCAAGCAGCCUGAUGAGCAGUGGAGGGCAUGCAUCCAACAAAGAAAAGGAGAUGGUAACAAGCCUCUUCUGCAAACUCGGAGUGCUUGUCAGAUAUAGGAUAUCACUGUUUGGGAGUGACGCAACAUCAAUUGUAAACUGUCUUCACAUAUUGGGCCAGACCUUGGAUGCCAGAACCUUGAUGAAAACCGGCCUGGAGUCUGUCAAGUUGGCUUUGCGGACGUUCUUCGAAAGCGCAGCGGAAGAUUUGGAAAAAACCAUCGAGAAUCUCAAACUGGGUCAGUUCACUCACACCAGGACACAGCCGAAGGGAGUGACCCAGAUCAUCAAUUACACCACAGUGGCACUGCUGCCUGUUCUCUCAUCGUUCUUCGAACACAUCGGACAACACCAGUUUGGCGAAGAUCUGAUCCUGGAUGAUGUGCAAGUCUCUGGCUACAGAAUAUUAAACAGCUUGUAUGCAUUGGGUACAGGGAACAGCAUAUACGUUGAAAGGCAGCGCCCAGCCCUUGGGGAAUGUCUGGCAGCAUUUGCCGGAGCUUUUCCAGUCGCCUUUCUGGAAACUGACUCGAAUAAGCACAAUCCAUUCUCAAGCUACAACACGAAGAAACCAAAAGAUGUAACAGCACUGAAGCUACCAGCUAAAGUGGAAGAUAUGUGUCCCAAUAUCCCUUCCCUAGAAUGUCUGCUGGAUGAGAUAAUAGAGCUGGCAGAAUCUGGCAUACGCUACACGCAGAUGCCCCAUGUGAUGGAAGUCAUCUUGCCCAUGCUGUGCAGCUACAUGUCGCAUUGGUGGGAGCAUGGUCCGGAGAACAACCCGGAGAAAGCAGAGCUCUGCUGCACUGCCCUCACCUCCGAGCACAUGAACACCCUGCUGGGCAACAUUCUGAAGAUCAUAUCCAACAAUCUGGGCAUCGACGAAGGAGCCUGGAUGAAGAGAUUAGCAGUGUUCUCGCUGCCGAUUAUCAGCAAGGUGAAGCCGCAGCUCCUUAAAACCCACUUCCUGCCCUUGAUGGAGAAACUGAAGAAGAAAGUGGCCACGGUGGUACUGGAAGAGGAACACCUCAAGGCCGAGGGCAGAGGAGACAUGUCAGAGGCUGAGCUGCUCAUUCUGGAUGAAUUUACUGUACUGGCCCGGGAUCUUUACGCUUUCUACCCACUGCUGAUCCGAUUUGUCGACUACAACCGCGCAAAGUGGCUCAAAGAACCAAAUUCUGACGCAGAAGAGCUUUUCCGUAUGGUGGCUGAAGUUUUCAUAUACUGGGCAAAAUCUCAUAAUUUUAAAAGAGAAGAACAGAACUUUGUGAUUCAGAAUGACAUCAACAACAUGUCGUUCCUCAUCACUGAUACAAAGUCCAAGAUGUCCAAGGGAGGGGUGUCUGAUCAAGAGAGAAAGAAGUCAAAGAGGAAAGGAGACCGUUACUCUCUACAAACUUCCCUCAUAGUGGCAGCAUUGAAGAGGUUACUGCCUAUCGGGUUAAACAUCUGUGUACCCGGCGACCAGGAGCUAAUCUCGUUGGCCAAAAAUAGGUUUAGCAUGCUGGAGGAUCCUGCUAUUCGAUGGCAGAUGGCACUUUACAAAGAUCUACCCAACCGGAACGAAGAUACGUCCGACCCAGAAAAAACUGUCCUGCGUGUGCUGGAUAUUGCCAACGUGGUCCUCCAUUUGGAACAGGUUGAACAUCCACAGAGAUCUAAAAAAGCUGUGUGGCACAAGUUGCUGUCCAAACAACGCAAGCGGGCAGUGGUGGCUUGCUUCAGGAUGGCACCACUUUAUAAUUUACCUCGGCACCGAGCUGUCAAUCUCUUCCUCCAAGGCUACGAGAAGUCAUGGAUUGAGACCGAGGAACAUUAUUUUGAAGAUAAGCUAAUAGAAGAUAUUGCCAAACCAGGGGGAAAGAAGCCAGUUGAAGAAGAGGAGGGAACCAAGCACCUCGACCCACUUCACCAACUCAUUCUACUUUUCAGUCGAACAGCUCUCACAGAAAAAUGUAACCUGGAAGAAGACUUUCUCUACAUGGCUUAUGCUGAUAUCAUGGCAAAGAGUUGUCACGUAGAAGAAGAUGAAGAUGGUGAAGAAGAAGUCAAAACCUUUGAAGAAAAAGAAAUGGAGAAGCAGAAGCUGCUGUACCAACAGGCAAGACUUCAUGACCGAGGGGCUGCUGAGAUGGUUCUACAGAUGAUAAGUGCCAGCAAAGGUGAAAUGGGGCCGAUGGUUGCGUCUACUCUGAAACUUGGCAUUGCUAUUCUAAAUGGUGGGAAUUCCACCGUUCAACAGAAAAUGCUCGAUUGUCUCAAGGAAAAGAAAGAUGUUGGUUUCUUUCAGAGCUUGGCAGGUCUCAUGCAAUCUUGCAGUGUUCUUGAUCUGAAUGCAUUUGAACGGCAGAACAAAGCUGAAGGACUUGGCAUGGUAACAGAGGAGGGAUCAGGGGAGAAGGUGAUGCAGGCUGAUGAAUUUACGUGCGAUCUCUUUCGAUUCCUGCAGCUGCUCUGUGAAGGCCACAACUCAGAUUUCCAGAACUACCUGAGGACCCAGACGGGCAACAACACGACAGUCAACAUCAUCAUCUCAACUGUGGACUAUCUCUUGAGAGUUCAGGAAUCGAUCAGUGAUUUCUAUUGGUUUUAUUCUGCAAAGGACAUCAUUGAUGAACAAGGACAGCGCAAUUUCUCAAAGGCAAUCAAUGUGGCAAAGCAGGUGUUCAACACUCUUACAGAAUAUAUUCAGGGUCCAUGCACUGGCAACCAGCAGAGUCUGGCGCACAGCAGGCUGUGGGACGCAGUGGUUGGCUUUCUUCAUGUCUUUGCUCACAUGCAGAUGAAGUUGUCCCAGGAUUCCAGUCAGAUUGAGUUGCUGAAGGAGCUAAUGGAUCUACAGAAAGACAUGGUGGUGAUGCUGCUUUCAAUGUUAGAAGGUAAUGUGGUGAACGGGACAAUCGGGAAGCAAAUGGUGGAUAUGUUGGUGGAAUCUUCAAACAAUGUCGAGAUGAUUCUCAAAUUCUUUGACAUGUUCCUGAAGCUAAGGAACCUGACCUCUUCCGAUGCAUUCAAAGAAUAUGAUCCCGAUAGCAAAGGCUUGAUCUCCAAGAGGGACUUUCAGAAGGCCAUGGAGAGUCAUAAACACUACACGCAGUCAGAAACCGAAUUCUUACUCUCUUGCGCAGAAACAGAUGAGAACGAGAUGCUGGAUUAUGAGGAAUUUGUUGAAAGGUUUCAUGAACCAGCGAAGGACAUUGGUUUCAAUGUCGCCGUACUACUUACCAACUUAUCUGAGCACAUGCCCCAUGAUACGCGGCUACAGACCUUCCUGGAGUUGGCAGAGAGCGUUCUCAAUUAUUUCCAGCCAUUUCUCGGCCGUAUCGAGAUUAUGGGAAGCGCCAAGCGGAUCGAGAGGGUGUACUUUGAGAUCAGUGAAUCCAGUCGGACUCAGUGGGAGAAGCCUCAAGUGAAGGAGUCCAAAAGGCAGUUCAUCUUUGACGUUGUAAAUGAAGGAGGAGAGAAAGAAAAGAUGGAACUGUUCGUCAACUUCUGUGAAGAUACGAUCUUUGAAAUGCAGCUGGCAGCACAAAUCUCGGAAUCGGAUUCUAACGAGAGGUCCGUGUGUAAGGGAGAAACGCAGAAGGACAAAAUCGAGGAAGAAGAUCCCAGAGUGGGUUUUUUCUCCAUGACGACAAUUAGAUCCGCCUUAAUGGCGCUCAGGUACAAUGUGAUGAUACUCAUGAAGCUGUUGACAACCAAAAGCCUCAAAAAACAGUUGAAGAAAAUGAAGAAGAUGACCAUGAAAGAUAUGGCCAAGGCCUUGUUCUCCUUCUAUUGGAGUCUAUUGAUUGGGUUCUCCCAUUUUGUCUUCAGUGUUUUCCGGGGAUUUUUCCGCAUCAUGUACAGCACUUUCCUUGGGGGGAGUCUGGUGGAGGGAGCCAAGAAGAUGAAAGUGACUGAGCUCUUAGCUAGCAUGCCGGACCCAACGCACGACGAGGUGCGUGGAGAGGUUGGAGAGGGAGAGGGGAAGGUUCGGCCAUCGACCCUGACGUCUGAAGACCUGACGGAUCUAAGAGCAAUCACCGAGGAGAGCGAUUUCUUAUCUGAUAUUUUUGGUCUGGACCUACGGCGGGAAGGAGGGCAAUACAAGCUAAUUCCACACAACCCAAAUGCCCACAUGACCGAUCUGAUUGACCCACCUUCUCCUACUCUGCCACUGCCAGAAGUUCAGACGAGCUGCCAGGCUGAAGAAACAAAGGAAGACGAGAAAGAAGAGAAAGAAAACUACAAAGACAAACCAGAGAAAGCUGAUGGGGAGGAUGGAGAAAAAGGGGAAAAUGUGACAGAACAGAAGCCUCGACGAAAAAGGAGACAGCGACACGCUGAGAAAAUAGAUGAACCUGAAGUACAAGAGUCUGCCUUCUGGAAAAAGAUUACAGCUUACCAGCAGAAGCUACUUAAUUAUUUUGCCCGUAACUUCUACAAUAUGAGGAUGUUGGCACUGUUUGUAGCCUUUGCAAUUAACUUCAUUCUCCUUUUCUACAAGGUUUCCACGUCCCCAACGUUAGAAGAGAAGGAAAAAAGACUUGGUGUUUACAGUCAAGACGGCAGAGGCUCUCGAUGGAGCGGAAUGGGAAGUGGGCGUAGGGUCACAGUGCAUUAUGUUCUACAAGAAAGCAGUGGCUAUAUGGAGCCAACACUGAGGAUUCUGGCCAUCCUACACACUAUCAUCUCUUUCUUCUGCAUCAUUGGCUACUACUGUUUAAAAGUCCCCCUGGUUAUUUUCAAACGCGAGAAGGAGGUGGCCAGGAAGUUGGAGUUUGAUGGAUUAUACAUCACAGAGCAACCUUCAGAGGAUGACAUCAAGGGACAGUGGGAUAGGCUGGUCAUAAACACUCAAUCUUUCCCAUAUAACUACUGGGACAAGUUUGUGAAGAGAAAGGUUAUGGACAAGUAUGGAGAAUUCUACGGUCGGGACAGGAUUAGUGAAUUGUUGGGCAUGGACAAAGCUGCUUUGGAUUUCAGUGAUGCGCAAGAAAAGAAAAAGCCCAAGAAAGAAAACUCCUUCUGUGCAGUACUUAACUCUAUUGAUGUCAAGUAUCAGAUCUGGAAGCUGGGUGUCGUGUUUACGGACAAUUCGUUCUUAUACCUUGCCUGGUACAUGACUAUGUCAAUUCUAGGACAUUAUAACAACUUCUUCUUUGCUGCCCACCUGCUGGAUAUCGCGAUGGGAUUUAAAACAUUGCGGACUAUCCUUUCAUCAGUGACGCAUAAUGGCAAACAGCUGGUUUUAACUGUGGGCUUAUUAGCCGUCGUGGUCUAUCUGUACACCGUGGUUGCUUUUAAUUUCUUCCGUAAAUUCUACAACAAAAGUGAGGACGGGGUCACUCCAGAUAUGAAGUGCGAUGAUAUGUUGACGUGUUAUAUGUUCCACAUGUAUGUGGGCGUCCGUGCUGGUGGAGGCAUUGGCGAUGAGAUUGAAGACCCAGCCGGGGAUGAAUAUGAAAUAUAUCGAAUCAUUUUUGACAUCACCUUCUUUUUCUUUGUAAUUGUCAUCCUGCUGGCCAUCAUUCAAGGUCUAAUUAUUGAUGCCUUUGGUGAACUGAGGGACCAGCAGGAGCAAGUUAAGGAAGACAUGGAGACCAAGUGUUUCAUCUGUGGAAUUGGCAAUGACUACUUCGACAUGGUGCCCCACGGCUUUGAGACUCACACACUGCAGGAGCACAAUUUGGCAAAUUACCUAUUUUUCUUGAUGUACCUUAUUAAUAAAGAUGAAACAGAGCACACAGGACAGGAAUCCUAUGUAUGGAAAAUGUAUCAGGAACGUUGCUGGGAGUUCUUCCCCGCAGGAGAUUGCUUCCGCAAGCAGUAUGAAGACCAGCUCAACUGAAUGAGGACUAAGCUGGCUUUGGGACAUUGGAGAUUGGUCAUUGGACCUGGAGAUUUCCCUCUUUGAAUGCUUUCAAGCCUUUCUUUGUGUAUAACCUGCUCAGUGUGCAUCCGGAACAACAACGCUGGAACGCACUGAGUCUGCUGACAGCACAUCUGCUUUCAAAUUGAUGUAGAGGGGGGGGAAAAAAAUAUUGAUUUAAAACUGUGCGCCGAUACGUUUUCAGACAUUUCCUUCAUCUUGUGAGCACAUGUGACAGAUGAUAAAUUGCUCUCAUCCUAAACAUUUAUGUAUUUCUUCAUCUGGAAUGCUAUUGUGUACUUCUUGAUGUCCAUGGCAUCCAAUUUACUGACGGACAGUGGGCUGUGAUGAGGAAAUAGUGCCUUACUAUAUGUGGGUUGAGCUAUGCAAGAGGUUGUGUGCAUGACCGUGUUACACUGUAACGAGAUCUUUUGAUGUACAUGCUUCUGUUUGACUGCCCAUGCGUCUCAGAAGAAGUGCAGGACAUUCACAUAAAAACCUAAGAUGUUUGUUUCUGGUUCUUUAGCUCUUUUAUUUUGGUGAUGCUCUUAUGCAAUACAGCAACAGUCCGAACCUUUGCAUAAAAGAUUCUUUCAAAGGAAAGAAAGUUAUUCCAUUGCAUGUCUAUUAUGCAAGUACAAGAGAAAAUAAAAAUGGCCAUCUGAUUAUUGUGACAACUAUUUUUUAGGUUUAAGGUUAUUGAUUACUCUGUAGUUACAAAGUGUUGUGUACCUUAUUGUAGAUUCAGAACCAGUUUCAUCAGCCAUGAAUGCCGUGUUUAAUCUCGGUCGCUGUCUCACAUAUUUUCUGCCACUUGUGGUAUAUAUAGCGAUUGAAGAAUAACUAUCCACUCAUUGCUGACUGAAGCUGAAGCAAUAUCCAUUCAGGGAUGUCACCGGACACCAUUGUAUAAUAAUUAUGUGUAGAAUACUUCAUUUGAUUUGUUUUAACUUGUAAUGCCAAUCUUUCAAAAUAAAACAUUCGGAAUAAAAAA